CCCUAACAUUUCAAUUUAAACCAUAAUCGCCACCCAGAACACAGCAAUUGAGAGAUUAUUCAACAAUUCUAAAAGAAGAAUGACCCAAAAGAGCUAUCUUUUCAAAUGCCAACGAAAGAAGAAAUCAAUUCCUCCCAAUCGCCAUGGCAAUGCCCCUCAAACUAGGAAGAGAGUUGUGAGGCCCUCAAAGGUCACAAAGGACAUGGAUACCGAUCGGUUUUUUCUUAUACUGCAGCCGGUUUCUGAUGUACAAAAGUAAAAGGAGAAGAAGAAACCAGAAAGAAACAUUCCAUCAAUAAAUUGGCAGAUUAAAAGUUGCAAAUUUAGAUCAGGUAAUGCUGAAUAGAAGAUGAUAGAGCACUGUUUCUGGAAAAAACACAGCGGAGAGGAACUUACAGUAGUGAAUGGUUAACUGCUGAUAUCGUUCUGAUGGUGGGCUGGAAACUUGAUGUUCUUGUUUCAUCAUCGAUAUUAAAGAAUUGCAUGAGGUGAAUGGGGAAAGUGGUUGCAUAUGGUCCCAAUGAAUUUUUUUUAACCUUUUGGGGUUAGAAUAAGCUCAAUUAGUUUGAUUCUUUAAAAACAAUAACCUGGCCAAGCUUUUCACAUCAUAGGCAGGUUUGGAUAACUAAAUGGAUUUGGACUGAGAUUGUCAGCUAUGCCUCCAACUCAAAACCAAAAUGAAAGAUUUUUGUGGACAUAAAAUUGUAGAUCCUUCUAUGUCUUGGUGAAUAUGUGCUAUGGGUUCAUUAACUCUUUUGUUAGUGUUAAACAGGUGUUAUGGCAGAAAUGCUUUUUUGAUGUAGCGCAUAAAUUGAGAUAUUUACAUCUGUGCUUGCCUGUGCACAGAAAAUUGUGGAUACAUGUCCAUGUGAAGGGAAGGAAGCUGUAGUAUGGUUGUUAAGUGUACUCUUUUACUCCUGAAACAAUACUGGACGUGAGCAUGUAAAUUUGGUGGGCAGUUUAGGUUAAGGCACUUUUAUAGUUAGGCAGUCUUGGAAAGCUCCUAAUCUAAUUUCAUUAGGGAAACUUGAGGGAAUUGUGUAGUGUAUAAAUGAGCCAAUCUGAGAGUAAACUAUGGAUUGUCCCAGGUUUAGAGUAGAGCAUCAAGGAUCACUAAAUGAUGAAUAUUUGACCAAUGAUUGGACAAUAUCAUAGUGCAAUUGUCAAACAAGGUUCAUGUAGCUGUCACUGUAUUUUCAAUGUCAUGCAGCUCCUGACAAUGCUUACUGGCAGGAUUGGAUCUCUUUUCACAAACAGCAAGUGGAUGCGUGGAUACCACUUUGGUAACAAGGAACCAACCAAGUUCAUAAAUUAUUGCAAUGAGGCAGCAGCUACUGUCGCCAACGAGGAUGGUGGCCAACUAAGCAUAGUCAAACCACAACCAGAGUCAUCUAUAAUGCAUGCUUAUAAUUCAAAAAGCAAAGAUCUUUUGGACUCGGAGGAGAACGGCAACUACUCUGCCUCUUCUAUAGAGUCAAAGCUUCUAUUUUGCAAAAAAGAUGAUUUUGUGCAAACUGCAAAACCAGAAGGCGUUUGUAUUCCUGAUAAGAAACCCGAUAUAUGCGCUGUUCCUGAAAGUAAUAUUCUUGGAAAAGUGAAGGACUUUUUGGGAGUCAUAUCAGAAGCGAAUAAAAGACUGCAAUAUGAUGCAAAGAACAACGCUGAAAAAUAUGAUCUUGAAGUGCUUCAUGGUAAUGAGUCAGAAUAUAUUGAAAUGGAUUUAAUGCUGGGAGUUGCUGAUCUUCAUACUGCUGAGGCUGUUGCUGCUGCUGAGUCUGCAAUGGCUGGUUCCCAGCCAACCUUGGCUGCUAGUGUUAGCAUCAGUGAUGAUGACGAUGACCAUGAUAUUAAAAGUAAUGAGGAAGUUGGUAGUGAUAGUAGCAAUGAUGAAGAAAAGAUGUUCAAUGGUGCUGGUGAAAAUUCCUGUAGUGAUGUGUCCAGGAUGCAAGCAUCCAAUAAACGCCCAAAAAUUGUUGAACUCUCGUAAAUUUCUGUGAUGUGUGGAUAUGUAGGUCAUUUCCCUGAGGAGCUUUUGCAGUUAGUGCCAAACAUAAAGCUAGAGCAUUAAUUGACUCUCAUAAGAAGAUUCACGGGUCAAUAGCAUGUUAUGUUGUUUGCUUAAUCUUGUAGAUGUUCAGUGGAAUAUCAUGUUGUGUCAUGGAUAGUUUCCUGAUGCUAAAAUCCGUUUCUGGAAAUGCAUCUUUGUGCUUCUUUUUGUAGUCUUUUUUGUAUCAGGCCUUUGGGUGGCAAUGCUUAUUGAUGUUAUUUUGCUUCUUACCCAA